UCAAAAAUUUGGAAUUUUCGUCUGCACGGGAUCGUCGAUAUAUGAUCCAGUUUAAAUUUAUCAACGAGCUGUAGAUAUUCGAAUGUUUAGCACCAAUUGUUGUAAAGUAACACGUCUAUUUUUAAAGUUAUACGCCCACUAUCCACUGUUCUACAGGUUGUUCUAAAUGCAGCAAAGUCUAAUUGACAAGCUGUUAAAUUUACAGCUAUGGCUGAGGCUAACAAAUCUAAGAUGAGAGAAUGGACACCCACAGAUACUAAUCAAAUUCGACUCAGGCACUUGCGUAAAAUCUGCUUUAGAAGUGUUUAUUUGGAUCCAUCAAUUGAUCCUGAAUGUGCUGUUUUUUAUUAUACCCUACAUAUCACCACCAUGUCAGCUCCAUUUUAUACUAGUGAACAUCAAUCUGGAGUAAAUAUUGACUGGAAUGAUUUGGAUACAAGAAAAUUUCCUGAAAGUAUUGUCAAUUCUUGCCCAGGUUUAGUAGUAAGAGUGUGGGUCAAAGAAGACACGGAAAAUUCUUCUCCAAAACUGGUUACUGUUUGGGCUGUCUACUUUAAUGGUCUAGUCUACUUAGGAUCACAGCCUCCAAAAGAAGCUGUCCUCUUCACCAAGAAUGCCUUAAUAUUCGGCAUGUCUUGGGGAUUUUUCACUGCUGAAAAUUCUCUGAAAUCUCAAAUUGUUUGCCCUUCAACUCAACAACAAGACAAUACAAGUAGCAAAAGCUAUAAUGUCGCAUCCAUGUGCAGGAUUCACCGAAUGCAGAGAGCAAUCUACAAGGAAGGGGCAGAGUCAGAGCGACUGAAGCUAGAAAUUCAGUCAGUUCAAUCAAAUCCCAGUCGUUAUCGGAACAAGUCUAUGCGCUCGAUUUCUUCACUGAGUGCAUCGCCUACUGAUCUUCUUGCCCUGCAAGAAAUGAGAGCCAAACGUCAAGUGGCAUUGGCAAGAGUUUCAAUGCUCCAGCAGGAACGAAGUAGACAACUAAAGAGUUUAGAGCAAUUAAAAGAAACGUUAAAGAAUCUCCGAGUGGACAACCAUACCAGAGCUCUUCAUUUGAAAGAAAAGCAUUUUCACCUGCAAAUGGACAAAGAUCGAUUGGCAGAAUUAGUGAAAAGCCUCGCUAGCACCGAAGAACAAGAUACCCGUUUAAAACAUCAGCUCGUUGCUCGUCGAAGGCAAUUAUUCCUGGAAUUAGUCGAAAUAUUUCCCAUUGUUCAGGUUAAGCCCGGUGUAUAUUCGAUUAAUGACGUUAUUCUACCGAAUUCUGACUCUUUUGCUGGAUGUGACGACAUUCAGCUUAGCGUGGCUCUUGGUCACGUAACCCAUCUGGUCCAAAUGCUUUCCGUCUUCCUUCAAGUGCCCAAUCGCUAUCCAGUGGCCGUAUUUAGCUCUAGAAGCCGAAUUAUCGAUGACGUUAGCCAACGGGAGGCCGAUGCCCAGAAAGAGUUCCCAUUAUUUGCCAAAGGCAAAGAUAGGCUAUACUUUGAAUACGCUGUCUAUCUCCUUAAUAAGGAUAUAGCGCAACUUCGAUGGCUAUGUGGGCUUAACACCACUGAUCUUGCUGCCACUCUACCAAAUCUCUACUCUUUACUGCAGAAUCUUAUUACUCCUUCUAGUGACGAAAGCAAAAUGAAGAGAUCAGACAGUCGGGAACGGGGAUUUACACCGCGUAGCCACAGUAUGGCUUCAGCGUCACACUACUUAUUCAAAUCGGCGAAAUGGCAACCUCAUCGACUCUCACGAUCUUUGGCUGGAAGUCAGAUGAGUUUGGCGGAUCCUAGUAUGGCGUCAACAGUAAGCUUGGAUAACUUGACGGAUUCACCUCAAGCCGGGGGUUAUUUCAGACAACCCCCUUCGCAACAGCAAAUUUGGAACAAUCACUCGUCGUCAACAUUAUCAUUGGAUUUGGUCGUCGAUCGUUUGGAAUUUUCGGCUAGUUCUCCUUUACUGUCAUCUGUCGGAUCAGUUCUUCAUGGAUCUGCACCUGAUUUACGCAGUCCCGAAUCAGAAGCUCUCACCACCAGUCCUUCCCCUCCACCAAUUACCUUCGAGGCGCCUCCAGCACCUGAGGCCAAUGAAGUAGAAAAGAUAGCCCUUUCAUCAUCACCUAUAACCAUCAGCCAACCGAAUCCUUUGGACAUGGAUGAUGGAAUGGAUAGCGUAACAUCUCGAACUGAAGCGUUGGCCAUUUCGAGCACGUUCAAGCUACGUGGAAGAGGGCGAACGACAUCGAAUUCGUCGCAAGGAAACUUUUGAG